CCCCAACUAAAGCAAUUUGGUAUCACAACCAAUGUCCUUUUCUCAGCUCUGACCCACAGCAGGGUGGGGAGAGCCUGCCAGGGACCUGGCUCAGCCUUGAGAUUGCCAGCAGACACAACAAGGGGUGGGCACUGGGGGCAGGAGCAGAGCCAAGCGAUACCCAGCCCCAGCCUGCCAUUAGGACCCUUCGUGCUCUGAACUUAGGUACUCUGAGUCAUGGACCGCACAGUAGUGCUCAUUACCGGCUGCUCCUCCGGAAUCGGCCUGCACUUGGCUAUUCGUCUGGCUUCUGACCAGUCCCAGAGCUUCAAAGUGUAUGCCACAUUGAGGGACCUGAAGACACAGGGACCACUGUUGGAGGCAGCCCGGGCUCGAGGAUGCCCGCCUGGCUCCCUGGAGACAUUGGAACUGGAUGUCAGGGAUUCAGAAUCUGUGGCUGCUGCCCAGGCAUGCGUGACCGAGGGUCGUGUGGAUGUUCUGGUGUGUAAUGCGGGCCGGGGCCUGUUCGGGCCGCUGGAGGCGCACGAGCUGGAUGCAGUGGGCGCUGUGCUGGAUGUGAAUGUAGUUGGAACGGUUCGGAUGCUGCAGGCCUUUCUGCCAGACAUGAAGAGGCGCCACUCCGGGCGUGUGCUAGUGACUGCGAGUGUAGGAGGUUUGAUGGGGCUGCCAUUCCACGAAGUUUAUUGUGCUAGCAAGUUCGCGCUCGAAGGUUUGUGCGAGAGUCUAGCGGUCCUGCUGCCACCCUUUGGAGUCCACGUGAGCCUCAUCGAGUGCGGGCCAGUGCACACAGCCUUCUAUGAGAAGCUAGAGGGUGGCCCGGGCGGGGCUCUGGAGCGUGCAGAUGCCCAGACCCGCCACCUCUUCGCACACUACCAGCGUGGCUAUGAGCAAGUUCUGAGCGAGGCGCAGGACCCAGAGGAGGUGACGGAACUCUUCCUGACCGCGCUGCGAGCCCCACAGCCAGCUCUGCGCUACUUCUCCACUGACCGCUUCCUGGCGCUGGUCCGAACGCGCACAGAGGAUCCCAGCGGGAGCAGCUAUGUCGCAGCUAUGCACCAUGAAGCCUUUGCUGACCUGCAGGCGCAGGAGGGUGCAGAGGCUGGGGCUGGAGUUCCAGGGAACCAGGACAGGGCCUCCAGCUCCCUCAUUUGCCUCCCCGGGUGCGAGACCCCGGGGGUGGCAUAUGAAUUGUGCUGGCCCACAUCGGAUAAACCAGAUCAGAACAAACCAUGUAAUGAGCAAAAGAACUAAGCCAGGGUCUCCUUUUUUUAUUUCAGACUUUGUUUUGUUUUUGACAGGGACUCAUUAUGUAACCUUGGCUGGCCUCUUAACACAGAGAUCCGCCUGCCUC